AUGGUGGCUUGUCCCCAUUCUGCCUUUCUUCUUAUUUUUUGGUUUCCAGGACUUUGGAGCAAAGUUCAUUAUCAAGAAAGCAGGGUCAUGACUUGGAUUACGAGGACUGCGAGUUUGACGCUGUUGUUUAUGUUGUCAGCACUUGUUCGUUGGUGCCUAGGCGAUGAAAUCAUGGACAUGCUGUCUCCAUUCAUCAACUUGAAGGAACUGGCAGAACAAGCAGCGAAAGAGGUGGCGGACGACGGAGCUCCCACUGAAGAAGUUGAUCAGACGUAUCCGCUGGCGUCGGUGGAAAUGGACGCGUUGAUGCAGAUGUAUCGUGACUGCCGCACGAAAGAAUCAGCAGCCAUGCGCUCGUGGUGCACUGGCGACGAUGACGACUUGUAUCUUCGUGAGACGAACGAGAGUACAGCAUUUUGUCCGCAUGGCGUAACAACCCACCCAUGCACUGGCCGUAUACUUUAUACGAACAGGAGCUCCAAAGACGAUGACGCUGAGUUCUUGUGGCCAUGGGAAGGACUUCGUUGCGACGCCUUCACAGAUCCGACCACGGUGACACACAUUUAUCUUCCAGACGAGUCAUUGUAUUGUGAGCUAGCCAAGAUCGAUCUGAGCGUCAUGGUGUCGCUCGAGCAGCUCGACCUGUCGGGAAACCAGCUUUUCGGAGAGAUUCCUGCCUGGCUGGGCGAUAUGACGAUGCUGAGAAUGCUAAGCUUAGCGGAGAACCAGCUAACAGGGGACAUCCCGUCGUCUUUGGCCGGCAAUGAUGCAUUCGAACAGAUAAAUUUAUCGAGCAACAACCUCACAGCUUCCACACUCCAGUUUUUCGACGCGUUUCAUCGGCUCCAACACCUAGACAUCUCCAACAACAAAAUUAAGCUACAAUUACCAAAAAACUUGUUUGCCAGCGGAUUCCUACGGACCAUCAACGCCAGCCACAACGCAUUUAAUGGAGACCUCCCAGAGCUGCCAGUAUUCCAGUUCCUCGAGUCUCUUGAUAUGUCGUCCAAUCUUCUGACGGGCACGAUCCCACCGCAACUUUCUCUCUGGGGACGAGAAGACCCACACGAUCCCGACGAGAACUCGUCUCUAGCUAUUGUUGACGUUUCCAACAAUCUGCUGACGGGUGAUCUGCCACUGAUAGCGAACCAGUCCGCGCUGCAACGCUUCAAUAUUCACACCAAUGUCUUCAGUGGGCUCGUUCCGGAAUUUCCUCCAUCACUACACGAGUUAGCGAAACCUGCCGACUUUGACGGCAAUCGACUGUUGUGUCCGAUACCUGCCGUGUUGCUGCUGCCAAGCAACCUCACUUGCGUCUGUGGCGAUGGCUAUACCAUCAAGUCGACCGGAGCUACCAGGAACUCAUUAAGUCUAGAAUAUACUGAUGCAAGUGACGACUCGGACCAAAUGAUCCCGGCAAGCGCGUUUACUGAGCUCUGCGUUGCAUGCCCCGAAGGCUCGUACUCGAACUCGAGCACUGGCCAGAAGUGCCGCUCGUGUCCACCAGGAUCUACUCCGGAUAUUACGUCGAAUGGGAGAGCUGCCAACUGCAGAUCGUGCCUCCCUGGUACUUUUGCUAACGAAAGUGCUUCACCUGCAUGCACGCCGUGUCCACCGGGGACAUUCGCAGCCAGUGUUGGAGCGACAUCGUGUGAUCCGUGCAGCCCAGGAGAGUUCACAGCAGCUCAGGGCUCUACAAGCUGUUCUGCAUGCGCUGUUGGAACGCAUUUCAACUCAACCGGAGCGACAGUGUGUGCUUCGUGUCCAGCUGGAACCUUCGUGCACGCUGAGGGCGAGGCAGAGUGUUUAAUGUGUCCGAGAGGCUCGUAUCAAGACGAGGCUGGAUCGGUGGAGUGCAAACCAUGUCCGGUUGGGUACGUCGCGCCUCAACUGGGCCACGUCAAGUGCUCUCCAUGCUCUCCAGGGAGUUUUUACGACGUCAACAUCAAGACCUGUAUGCUUUGUCGUCCAGGAACAUUCACAAGUGCAGCGGCGCAGACUGAAUGCAGCGAGUGCGAGAACGGAACUGUGGCUGAAGGUGUCGGCAUUGAUACGUGUCUUUCAGUUGCAGCUCCUGGAUGGGGAUUUCAGGCUGCGACGGCGCCAGUACAGUGCCAACCAGGGACGUUCAACGAUGGCAAGUGGAGGACUUGUCAACCUUGUUCACCUGGGUCUUUUGCAGCAGAUAUGGGUUCUCGAAUGUGUCCAUCUUGUGCGAAAGGCAGCUUCGCGUCCAGCAUCGGCUCUUCGUAUUGUGAGAUGGCUCCUCCUGGGUCGUUCGUCCAGUCUGAAGGUGCAGUCCAAGCAGAGCUGUGUGAUUCGAACCACAUUGCUGCAGAUAGUGGCUCGAAAGAGUGCACUCGAUGUCAGCCUCCUUCCUUCAGCUUUCUUCCUGGUGGCGUUGAAUGCAGUUUGGCCAGACCUGGAGAGAUCUACGAUCAUGUGAAGUGGCCUCGCUUGGCUUUGGACUUGGCAGGAAUUGAGCAGCACGACCUCGUGGAUACUACAGAUGGUCAAGCAUUACCGAUCGAUGUACUGAUUCAAUCCUGGACGGAUGCACUGACAAGUUAUUCGGGCUCAAGUCGUCCGUUGCACGUGUUACAAGUGACACAACAGUCCGAUGUAACGCAACUGACGCAGAUUAUUGUUGCAGUGGAGACGAGCAGCCCAUUGCCGACCAAGUUACAAGCAGAUAACAAGUUGGAGAAGGAGUUUGGUGAUGCCAUUCAUCAAGCAGCCGAAGCGGCGGAAAGUGCAUUGGACGAUUUACUAGAUGAACUCAAAGGAUCAAGCGAUGGGAAAGAGAGGCGAGAGAGUGACAUCGAUCUCUUGGCAGAUCUGGUGAGCUCAGGUUCUUUCCGAGACGCUCUGGUACGUCAGUUUGGUCGUGCGAAUCUGUUCCAAGGCGCGUUGGCUUUCAGUAUGGUGAACGUAUCGAUGCUCGAACCUCCGUUCAACUCAACUCGAGCCCUGGCGUGUUCACCUGGAACAUUUUUCUCUAUCACUGACAAUGAGCGAGUGUGUGUGCCAUGCCCCAUCGGGUCGUAUUCAAGCACAAGUGGCGCUUUGAAGUGCGAAUUGUGUCGUCGACGCACCUUUUCAUCAGAAAAAGGACGGGAAAAGUGUAAACCGUGUCCUCUAGGUUCUGAUGCUGCACCUGGUGCUUCGUCUUGCAUCGAGUGCUCGUGGUUCACGUACGAGUGCGAAGGUUUCUGGCAAGACUUGGUCGUUGCCGUGUGCGUUGGUGCAGCGCUGUUGCGUAUGCUCUACAAGAAAAUACCGAAAUUGUGCGUGGGUGACCAAGCUGUGCAACAGCAAGACGAGAGUGUGGCGCUGAUGACAGCCGUGCGAGCUCAUGGUCGCACCUUCGAUGGUGUGCGGUAUGCGCCGAUGGGCAUUGUUUCAGCUGAUGCGAUGUUUGGUAGCAUCGCCGAUACGGACAACCGGCUGUAG